AUUAUCUCCCUUCCUCAGCUGUAUGUUUUCUGAGUCAGCAUUAGCUGAAUUUUCCAGCCAGCCAGCUGUGAAAUGUUCUGGGGACGUAAUGUAUUUCCAGCUAGUGCCCUUGACCAGUAGAUGCCUUUUUAGCUGAGCAACAAAUAUUUGCUGACAUUCUUUUGGUGAAUCAGUACAGUGGCAUCUACGUAGCUGUCAAGAAAGUCAUCUCAAAGCCCAGAGCAAGGGGACUGGCAAUACACCAUUGUCUUUAACAUAGGCAACAACCCAUCCUGAGUUUUUUCAUUUGUUAUUGGUGUUAAUGAUAAUGGGAACUUAUUCUGGAGUUAUCCUGGUUUUGUUCUCAAUCUGGAUUAUGAAAUUCCUAGCUCAAGGCUCUUUCAAUGUGAAAGGUUAAAAAAUUGCACUCUAUCUGCAAUUCACUCUAUUUUCUUUUCCUUCCUCCAACUGAGCCCUCAUUUUCGGAUACUGAAUCUUCCUUCUUCCCAUUCAUCAGUGAACAUCUAGUUGACUGCUUUUCUCAUAUGAAAAUAUUUCUUUUGUUGAGUAUAUUAUGCAUCAGUCAGGCAUUUACAAGUAUCCAGCCAACUUGUCAAGUGUCAGGAAGUUCCAUUCAGUCAGUAGCUCAAUUCAAUUUGAAAAGCUGCACUGUAUUUCUCAAAGUCCUUCUGAGGAUUGGAAAAUUAAGGCUAGUAAUUAAUAUGACUGGUCAUUAAGAAACUUCUAUCAUCAUCAUUAUACAUUAAAAAGUCUACUCAGCCAAAUUUUAACAGAUGCUGAGCAAAUCCCUGGAUUGGGGACAGAGAGGGUAAGGACAGGAGAGACUGUGUCUGAAUGUAGAAAGGGUGGGAAAGGAUCACGUGUUAAUGGUAUGAAAGGAGGGAAAGUGUGGAGCAGGCCCUGGAGACAGGAAAGGAGAGGAUGGAUUAGGCCUAAGAAGCAGAGAGGAGAGUCGGAUCUGCAUUGCUGCAACUGGGACAUGGAGAGGCCCAGCAGGAGAUGACUGGGUCUGACUGGGAGGAAAAAGGGGAGACAGAACAGUCUAGAAUAGUGUGGGUUAAGUCUGGAGGCGCUGACUGAAGUAGAAGGAGUCAGACCAAAUGGAGGAUAUAUUGGCUACCAAGAGGACGUUCAAAGACCUCACCGUUCAGAAGUGCAGGAUUGCAGGCAUAACCCUAAUUUCUCAUCCAAAGAAACUGAAUUUCUCAGAUGCAGAAAGUGCAUGUAGACAGCUGGGGUUACAGCUGGCAAGCAAAACCCAGGUUGAGAAGGCCUGGAAUCAUGGCUUUGAAACAUGCAGCUUUGGAUGGGUGUCAGAUAAAUGGCUUGUCAUUUCUCGGGUUAUCCCAAAUCCAAAAUGUGGUCAGAACAAAACUGGAGUAGCAGAUUGGAAAGUCCCUCUCUCCCACAGAUAUCAUUGUUUCUGCUUCAAUUCUUCAGAUAUUUGGAUUGAUUCAUGCAUACCAGAAACAGGUACAACCCUGUUAUCUGCAACAGAUCCAGAAGUAAACUCAUCUUCAACAGCUUCAUCUCAGGGCAUCACAGAGAUGCCUACUGCUACUGAGUCACCAAAACCCCAAAUAUCUCGGAAGACCUUUCGCAUAAAAUGUGUAACGGAAACCAUUUUACCAACAGUACAGACUAUUUUGGAAAGUGAAGAGGAGAUGGCAAUGCCUAAUGGAAACCAAGCUGCCUUUACAAAUGAUAGUGUUGUCUUCGGAGGUGUACCCAUUGCACUCCUGGUACUGGCACUCAUCUUCUUUGUGGCAUCGGCUGUUCUUGCAGUCUGCUAUAUCAAAAAGUACAAGAGAACCCGCCCAUUUUCAAACAAGAAGCCCCAAAAAGAAAGGAUUGAAGCCAAAGUCAUCAAAGACGCUAAGUCAAUUGACAAUGCUCCUGAGAAGGAAUCAAAGAAUAAUGGGAAAAAAGCAGAAGAGCCUCAAACCAAGCCAGAGGCCACAGUAAAAUGUAUGGAAGCAGAAGUUUGAAAGGAUAAAUAUAACAGCAUGUUUUACAGAUUUAAAAUGAAGAAUGCAGAAUUAGCAAAACAGUUAUAAAUUGUUUGUUUCCCCAUCUUAAAAAGGGGAUAAUGAUACCUACCUAUCUUUGAAAAGUAAAGUGCUUUGAGAGCUACUAAUGAAAAAGCACUUUAUAAGAGCUAGGGUAUUAUAUUAUUGUAAAUACUGGCAAGGUGAAUGCAUAUUUCUUAGUUCAAAUGUUUGUACAGUCAGCAUUCUAUGACUAUUAAUUACACUUCCUCUUUGGUAUAAAAUGUUCUUUUGCAGAAACAUGGUAUCUUAUUCAUAUUAAUAUUAAAAAUAAAAUAAAACAACCAUCUCACAACUCAACAUUUUCCAUUUUAACAAGAAGUAACUAAGUCUAAGAAUGCCUUGUUGAUUGAGACACAGUGUAUAAUUGUUUGCCUAAAAUUCAGAUCAACACAUCUAAAAUAAAAUGUAUGUUUCUUUCUAUGCUGGAGGUUGUCUGAUAAUGUAAUAGCAUCCACAAUUAAUACCUGAUCCUGCAAACCUUACUCGUUCAGACAAUUCGUAUUCAGGCAAGUAGUUCCAUUGAGUUCAAAAGCACUGCUGGCAUGAGUGGGGAUUACUCAGGUAAGGGUUGAUGAAUCAGCCCCCUAGCCUGUAAGUUCCCAAACAAGGGGACUUUUAGAUUUACUAUAAAUAUAAGUAAGGUAUUUAUACUGAGUAUAAUGUAAUCAACAAUGAAGUAUUUUCUUGGGUAUAUCACUGUAGCAUAAUUUACAAUUUUAUUUAUUAAACUCAAGACUGCAUCAUUCUUCAGAUAACUGACAGUAAAAACACCUUUAAAACUGUAUCACAAUCUGUAUCAUAAAGGUCUCUGAUGUCUAUUUCAAUGUGUUUUCAAAAGAAACAGUGGCAUGGGAAGUUUACAGCAUUUAAUAAGAAAAUAAAGUACAGUAGAUAUA